GUGCUACCUUGUGGGUUGGAGUUUCCACAUCCACUUUCCACUUUGACUGUACCCAUUCACCUUGUUCCUCCCUUCUCUGUCUUUCCUCACCCACUCUUUAACCCUUUUCACUCUUCUUCUCUCUUCUCUCUGUCGAAUUUCUCAGUUUCUUCAUUCAACUCUACUUUCACUCUCUUAUCGUUUCUCUCUAUUUUAAGUUGGUGUGUGAGGUUGGGUAGAAGGGGAGACUUUAUCUUUGUGUGGGUAAGGACACAACAGCAUGCGGUGGUGGCUUAGUCUUUCUGUUGAUGUGUUUCGCAAAGGGAUUUCGUUGAAUCUGUACUGUAAAGUGAUUCUGUAAUUUGUUUGGUGUGAUCUAAACUUUCUCCAUAUUCUCUUCAAGCAGUUUUCAUGGGAUCCAAUUUAUUUGUUGUUCUUUCUUGCUACUUCCGUCAGAUCAGCUAAAGGGUAGUAUUAGCAAAAUUUUCAGAGGAUAAAUUAGCCUAAAAUACCCUUUCCUUCCUUUUUGUUGCAGUAUUUAGUUGUUGGUGUUUGUUUAGUGAUUUGGGUAUAGUUUAUUUGUUUAAUCAAAUUCAAAACCUGUUGCACUGGGUGGAGUUGAUCAGACCAAUUGUUGUCAGCAAAAGUGUGGUUCUUGCAUUUUGAAUUGAAGAGGUUGGAAAGUAGUUAUGGUGUGCCAAGCAGCAAGUCAAACGAGAUUUCGGGCGUUAAAACAUGAAAGUGGAAUUGCCGGGAACUCCACCAUUAUAGUUAGAGUUAUAGCAUGUUUUCAACCUCUCAGAGAAUGCCAGGCUGAAUAUUUCCGUCAUUUGCUCAAACCUGUCACGUAAUUUGCCUCUCUCCGUUUUGGUGGGUUAAACUGGUUCUUUUAGUUGUUUUCCUUGUUCGUGAAACAAAGUAUCUUUUGUAACAAAUAGCUCUUGAGUUGAAAUCGCUUUUUCUUCAGAUGUUAGGUGAUUGUUCUGAUAAAAUGGGAGAAGAUUGCGGAACCUGGAUACCAAAUAUGCAAUUAGGAUGGCAAUCACCAAAUUUGAAUCCCCUUGAUGUAGGGAAGCUAGGUGGUAUUUCUGCAGCCAUGAACCCAGCGGUGAAUAUGGUUUCUGCAUAUGAGACAAUACCAGCUUUUGCAUCCUCUGCGCUACAACCUCGUUUGCAGUUAGGAUGUUCCAGUGAUCCACGUGGUUGGUUUUAUUGUUUGCCUCGCUUUCGGCAAGAAUUUUCCCCUGCUCCGAACUUCACUGUUGAGGGAAAAACCCCUUUUGACCAUGUGAGAGGUUUUGAUGACAAAAAUGCUCCAUUUGGGGAGUCUAGCUCACCACGAAAACAAUUUCUCGUCAUUGACCAGACUGCUGAUCAAACAACUGUUGUUUAUAGUUCUAGAUUUGGGAGUCCUUGUGAGUGCCUUGCUUCUUGGCAUUCAAAACUACAUGGUGGUAACAAUUGGAGGGGGGAUGAACCUUCUUUUAAAGGAGAUUUGAAUUUGAAUAGUAUGAAUGAGCCAACUUUGGCUGACAAGGUUCAUGAGAAUCAUGAAACUAGCAUUGAAAGCGAGAUGCAUGAAGACACUGAAGAAAUUAAUGCAUUGCUUUACUCGGACAGUGAUGACUAUUCUGCCCACGAUGAUGAUGAUGAUGAUGAUGAUGAUGAUGAAGUUACAAGCACUGGGCACUCUCCUAGUACAAUGACCACUCAUGAUGACUGCAAGACCUCUAGGGAUGAAACUGUGAAUGAAGUUGCAAGCUCUGCAAAGAAAACCAAGAAGAGGAAGUUAUUGGAUGGUUGUUAUGAUGACAUACAACUCACUGAUACUGCCAGUUCUCAGAACAUGAACAAAUCUUCGGCCACAUGUGAUGACUCAGAAUCAAGAUGUUCGAGUAACAACAAUGGUGGAUCCUUGUCUAGCAACAAGAAGAUGAAAAAGGAGAAGAUUCAAGAUGUCCUCAGCAUUCUGCAGAGCAUAAUUCCUGGAGGGAAAGACAAAGGCCCGGUUAUGCUCCUCGAUGAUGCAAUACGCAGCUUGAAAUCAUUGAAACAGAAGGCUCAGGCACUCGGACUUGAUGCCUUGCAUUGUGCAAGGAAAGACGGGAAGUGUUCAGUGUAGCAAGCGCAAUAAAAUAAAGGGACUUUGAAUCAUUAGUCUGUGUCUUAGUCUAAGAGAAAAGUAGCACUCACACCAGAGCAUGGUAAGUGAAGCAUUUUGAAUCAUUGAAUGAGAAGGGUGGUUGGUUGUUCCAAAUAAGUCUCCAUAAAACGAGUGCAUGCUGAUAUGGGGCCCAAAACCUGCUUCCUCUUUCUGUAUCCUUGUCACGUUUAAUCCUUUGCAGGUUGUAAUCAAAUGAAGAAAAUUUUCAGUGGCUGUGAGAGAUUCAGGAAACUGGUUCACAAGUUUCCACAUGAUGGUUGCAGCAGUGUAUGAAACAGAUAUUUGUUUUGAAUUGUGUUUAGUACAUUUAUGGGGUUGCAUUGUGUGUAUCGUAAUUGGUGCAUGAGUAUGGACUA